CGAACACACGUUUCGGGACAGACCUGUCAGUUUCAUCUUAUUGCCAAUAAAGAAACCGAAAUACAAAUAAAACACCACAUUAGUAUUAUUACACUACAGAUUUUCCCUAAGAAUUUUGUAUGUCGUUUUUGCCAUGCGAUAAAGCAAACAAAAAGAAAAUGAAGGGGAAAUUUGGCAGUUUACUUGCUUACAAGUGUGUAUUAAUUGGAGAUUCUGGAGUUGGAAAGACCAGCUAUUUAAAGCGUCUACUGACCGGGGAGUAUCCACCUACAGGCGAUGCUGUAAGAGAUGAGAUUCCACUGAUGUUUCAUACAGAUCGCGGAAAUAUUUGCUUAUAUAUUUUGGAGGCCGAUUUCAAAGACUUAACGGAUAUUUUGCAAUUGAACGACUUUGAUUGCGUUGUCGUUAUGUGCGACUUAAGCAAAGACGAUCCCAGGAUGAUACGUCGAUUCCCAUCUGUGAUAAUCAAAUGCUUUGACUGCAUACCAACAGUGCUCAUUGGCAACAAGCGAGAUGCGGUGGAUAAUGGUUUAGAAAUCGAGAAUUCUUAUUUGGUAUCGUAUUUUGAGAUGUCUGUGAAGCACAAUUUAAAUAUUGUGCAGCCAUUACAAUGGUUAAUACGUAAGGUACUGACUAAUGACCACAUUAAGUUUGUUGAGGAAUACGCUCCAUGGCCACCAGAACCGUUGAUAGACAAUUGUCAAUCUUUGGGAAAAUAUUGUGAACCGAAACAAGAUGCAUUAGAAGGCAACACUCAACCGGAGCCGUCGAUAGACAGAAACUACCUAGAGUCCAUAUUCCUUGAUGUGGCAUUUAACAGUCCGUUGCCGGAAGAUGAUGGUAUUUGGUAGAAACCACUUUAUUCAACCUUUCUAUUAUCAUUCAAAUAGGUUGAAUAAUUCAACUUACUUUGGCAGACUCGAGAAGGAAUAUUAAGCAGCCUAUCCAAUAUUACUUUUUAUUAUGGUAUUUUCAAUAAAAGAAUUGUUUACAAAUUGUUGCAUAUAA